AGAAUCCAUGACGAUACAAGAUCAUAAAGAUGGCUCCAUUUCCUUAAAGACUGAAGAGGAAAACGAUGCAGAGCUCUCCAUCUCUGAGACCAAACACCUAUCAGCCUCUGUGAUGAUAAAGAAGGACAUGGAGAAUGACUGGAAGACGGUUACAGUUCCUGAGACAGAUAGAAACAUUUCUAACAAUCCGUCUGUCUCCUCUGAGUUUGCUGAACAAUAUGUUCAGAGUAGCUGCCCUCAAAAAGACAUGAAAAAUUCAGAAAUGGGGUCUUCACAGUCCCUGGAUAAUGAGAGGCCGCUCGCAAAAAAGACAAAUGUAGACUCGCAGAAUAAUGUGCAAAAGAGGGUGAACUUUACCUGUGAAGACUGUGGAAAAUGUUUUUCUAGAAAAGUCCAUUUAAAACAACACCUUAUAAUUCACACGGGACAGAAACCUUUCUGUUGUGACGUAUGCGGACGAGAUUUUAGCCUGAAAGGCAAUUUGAAGAAACACAUGAGAAUCCACACAGGACAGAAACCUUUCUGCUGUUAUCUAUGUGGACUAAAUUUUAGCCAGAAAGGACACUUAAACACACACAUAAUGAUUCACAUUGGACAGAAACCUUUCUGCUGUGAUCUAUGUGGACAAAGUUUUACCCUGAAAUCAUCUUUAAACCAACACAUGAUAGUCCACACAGGACAGAAACCUUUCUGUUGUGACAUAUGUGGACAAAGUUUUAGCCAGAAAGGACACUUAAACAGACACAUGCGGAUCCACACGGGACAGAAACCUUUCUGUUGUGAUCUAUGUGGAGAAAGUUUCAAUCAGAAAGGAACCUUAAACAGACACAUGCGAAUCCACACGGGACAGAAACCUUUCUUUUGUGAUCUGUGUGGGCAGAGAUUUAUUCAAAAAGCAAAUUUAAACAAACACCACAUGAGAAACCACACUGGAGGGGAGAAGACUUAACCAUGAAUACUGCUGUGGUUCAAAAAAAUCUAUUUCCUAUGAAAUUCCUUGUAAUAUUGAUGGAAUUUGCCUUUUUCAAUUCCGAUCUGGGCCACAUUUGUAUGUGGUUUUAAAUCCGAUACCGGUCGGAUCUGCUGUAUAAACGGCCAAAUGACCCAUAUUGGAAUUAGUAUGAUGUAACUCUAUAGGGAUGCGCGAUAUUGGGAUUUUGGCCGAUAUCCGAUAUGCCGAUAUUUUAAAACUCAUGUAGCCGAUAACCGAUACUGAUACUGAUGUUAAAGCUGGACAAAAAUAAGUAGUCAUUGAAAA